AUGGCAUCCCGUCGUUCUGCCGCGGCCUGCCUCGCGUGCCAUCAGCCAGACGCUCGUCCCGCAAGCGCCUGCGUCCAACGUCCGAAUAAACGGUAUCGACGCCAAAAUGAUGCUCGCCAGAACGUGGCCGAGCGUCAUUAUCGUGAAGACCACGUUUCACCAGCAGUAGCAGCAGCGGGCGAACCCUACAACAGCCAGGUGUCUCCUCCACAGAGCAGUGCGUCCAGCUCGCGUGCCGCCCAGCCCGUUCGUAUCGAUUUCUCCAGCGAUUCAGCUGUCAUCAUAUCCCUCACCGCAAAAGAUGCUGCGGGAUUCCCUUGCGAAGUCGACUUCAGGCAUAACCUGGACGCUCGUCAUGCUCUUGAUUCAGCCGAUCAGGCGUACUUGGAGGCCAAGGGUGUCUUUGCUUUGCCAGUAACUGACAUCUGCGACAAGCUUAUCAAGGGCUUCUUCUCACACGUUCAUCCAUGGUUUCCCGUCAUUGACGCCACAGACUUCCUCACCAAGUAUGCUAACGGCGGCCCUACAAACGUUGACUUGGUGCUCCUAUGGGCUGUCCUCAUGGCUGGCUCGGAGUCUGCUGAACCCGACUUGGCCACCCUGGCCGGCUUCACCGAUAGGCUUCAUAUGGCUGAUGCCUUCUACGUACGUGCAAAGCGAAAUGAGUCCGCCACCAAAAAGGCUCUGCAAUUGCGAAGAUGGCAUUGCUGCCUGGCCAGCGAUGCAUGGGAAGCAAUCGCUUCUGGAUGCCCACUAAAGAUUACACGGUCUGAAAGCCAAGUGCCUGCCCUCUCAGUGGAAGACAUCCUAGGAGACCUCAACCAUCUGGAUCCGUUUAUUCGUCAGCAGUUCAUUUCUGACAACAUUGAACGACUCAUACAAUACGCGGUUUCGUACUCCAAGUCGGUGUCUGUCCUGCGUGACGCUCUGCACAAGACCAACGGGCCCGAUAGCGAUGUUCCGAGCACGGCUGAAAUCGAUGCGUGGGUAAGAGACUUGAUGGUAAUCGAGCAAGACAUUGUCGGCGAUAUGGCACAGGACACCCGUUCAUCGGAUGAAUGUCUGCGGCUUACUGCCUACCGUUUCCAGAUUCAUCAUGGCGCCACGCACAUUGCCCUCCUACGACCAUACCUCUUUGUAACGCCAUCUGGCCUAGCGGCCCAAGAGAAAUCUAAGUGGGAAUACAAGAUGAAACAGGACAUGACUGCCACGGCUGGAAAAGUGAUCUCCACCCUCGAAACAGUCAUCGGGGCUCGUCUUCUUUCACAUCUUGGUCAUGGCCUCACAUGUGUAAUUGUUCCGGUGGCCCAAUAUUGCCUUGUUCAGCUCGCUUCUCAGGAAGAAGAUGAACGCAAGAUUGCUCAACACAGAUUCGACUCGUGCAUGAUCAUCAUUGACGAACUGCGCAAGAUUGACGGUCAUGCACUUACUUUGUCUAACUUACUCAAGGCUGCGCGUGACAACCUCGUUCUCAACGCUAGACAGGAAUCGAACGCCCCUGAUAUAUCAGUCAUGUUCUCAGGACAAGAUCGACCGUGUAUGGACUUUAGCAAUGUAGCUUUGGAGGAUUGGGACACAGCUAUGACGACAGUGUUCUGGAACGGCUUCUCCCCACUCGAAUCAACAUGA